UGUGAGGAGCACACACACUCUUCCACAUCCUCUAGCUCUUUCUAUACUCUUCCUUCCUCUCAUCAUAACAUUUAUCUUCUCUUUCUCUCUUCUCCACUGAUCCCCACCAACCACACUUAUUACUUUUUCUCAAUGACGACGAUGUACGUUACUCCGGCGACGCUUUACGCCGGAAAACCGUCAGCAGUCUUCUCUCCGGUUACUUCAAACCUCCAGAGAUCAUCAUCUUUCUUGCCGUAUUACUCGUUGAGGAUACUCGACAAAAACAACAAGACGAAGUCUCUUUCGAAAUCUUCAUUAUCCUCCUCUGCUCCAAGAUUCUCUAUGCGUGUCUCCUCCAAGCAAGCCUAUAUCUGCCGUGACUGCGGGUAUAUAUACAAUGACAGAACUCCAUUCGAUAAGUUGCCUGACAAUUACUUCUGUCCAGUGUGUGCUGCUCCUAAACGGCGGUUUAGACCGUACAUGCCUGAUGUGAGCAAGAACGUCAACGACAAGGAUGUGAGAAAGGCUAGAAAAGCUGAGCUCCAACGUGACGAAGCCAUUGGGAAGGCUUUGCCUAUAGCAAUUGCUGUUGGGGUUCUAGCUUUAGCAGCUCUUUACUUGUAUGUCAACAAUACCGCAUGAGUGGCUACAUUAUUUGUUUCGUUUUUGUAUUAACAAGUCAUCUCUGCGUUGUUAGACAUUAUAAAUGUUAAAGUAAAAUGUUGAGCUUUCUAACGGUA